GAAGAAGAAAAGGGUUUAGGGUUCAAAGAAGAAAUGGAGGAGAAUCGUCGGAAUCCGUCGGCCGGUAUGGAAGUUCCAGUUGCCGGCGGCGGAAAUGUCGUCAAAUGGAUUGAGAUAUCUGUUCCUUCACCUUCUGUUUCAUCUUCUAGUAUCGGUGCUAAUUCAAGUGAGGACAAUGAGUGUGUUCAGCUUCCUUUGUCUGAAGACUACGCUUCUAGCUCUGUAAUUGGGGAACCUUCGAUCUCUUUCGUUUGGAGAAUCAACAAGACGAGUCCAAAUGCUCUCGAGCUUCUUCAGCUCUCAGCUAAGUCUGGAUUUCCAAUAACAGGACUGCGUUUCGUCUUUGCUCAGACUCUUUCUCCUUUUGCUUUUGUAUACGCCGAUGAGGGUGGUGAUAGUGGUCGUCUUGUCUACUUUCUUUACUCUCUCACGCCGUCUGGUGUUGUCUACGUUCUUAAACUCUCGAAUACGUUAGCAUAUAAGUCUGGUUCAGUCUUCCCGCUUGAUCAUUUGAUUCACUUGGAUGUUCGACCUUACUUGAACGAGAGUCGUGUUACUAGUGUUGCUGCAUCGCCUGGUUUCAUUUUUCUCGGGAGGUCCGAUGGUUGUGUCUCUUGCUUCCAACCUAUUGUGUAUUUUCAGAAAUCUUCAGGUUUCCACCAGGAGCUGCGUGAUGAUACAGGAUUUGGUCGUCUGUGGGGAUUCGUAAGAUUGCAAUGCAGGGGGACAGUUGUUGCAGCCGUGCAAGAUUUAUUUAUAUCAGAAGUUCAUGGAAGAAAUUAUCUAUGUGUGCUUCAUGCUGACGGGGCAUUACGUGUCUGGGAUAUUUUGACUUAUAGCAGGGUUUUAUGUCAGAGUAUAGCUGCUAAGAACCUUGAGGGGGUUAUGUGUGUGAGGUUAUGGUUGGGCAAAGCUGAUUACGAUUCUGGCAUCAUUCCAUUAGCUGUCUUGUAUAGAAAGAGUAUGAAUGACAGCAUGGACGUGAUCACUGUAUAUGGCCUGCACUUUAGUUCUGCGGAGGGGAUAGCUUUGUCUCUAGAUUCUGGAUUACAGAAUAUACCACUGGAAGAGGGGGAAUUGCGGGAUGUCAGAUUUACAUCCGACAAGAUCUGGACUCUAAAGGCCAAUGAAUUAACAUCUUACAUGUUGUGCCAGAAAUCUAGCACCAUGGAAGCGCAGUCUUACACGUUGCAGGAAGACUACAUUUCUGAACAGCUAUUUCUGAGUUCUAGGAGCUCUUCACAUGAUCUUCUUUUGACUACUCAUUCACUGUUUUCAUCCGCAAAGGAUCAAAUUAUGGGAUUCAUUUCGUCAAUCUUCUUACGCAGGCUUCUUUGUCCUGGAAUUUUUCACAAUGUUGCCUUACGUCUAACUUUACUGGACCACAACAAAAACUGGACUGAUUCCGAGUUUCAAUCUUUAAGUCUUGAUGAGCUUACAAGCGAGAUUCUUUUACUGGUUGAGCAUGAGGUUACAGCUGAAACUUCUAUUUCAGUUUUUCAUUGGUGGAAAAACUUUUGUACAUCCUAUCUCCAUCAUUGGUGCAGUAAUAAUGAACCUCGCACGUUGUUGGUUCAGUCAGAUGUUAUUGGUUUAGUUAGAAAUAAUUCUGUAUCACUGUUUUUUAGAUUGGAGAACGCUGAGCACAGCCUUGGAGGUUCUUCCUCCGAACACAGCAACCUGACGAGCUUAGACUUGGGCGUGUCUCACAGCGACCAUGAAAUUCUGGCAGAGGUACUAAGAUGUACUUCGAAGAUCAGUAAACAGUGGGGUGGUGCUCCUUAUGCCAUGUAUUAUGAAUCAAUUACCGGAAGGCCAAUUAUCUCAUCGGAUGAAAUCGUUCCUCGCUUAGUUAACAUCCUUGAGUCGGGAUAUUCUACGACCAUAGGUCAACGUACUUGGUCAGAUCUUGGUGCUGAUAGAGCAUGGGAAAAAGAGCUAGAAGCUCAUAAAAAUCUUAGAACAUUCUCCAUUGACAUGCUGCUGUCUCUCUCUGCUCUAUGUCAAAGGGCUGGAUCUUGGGAAAAAGUCUUUACUAUCAUGGAGCACUAUUUGCAGUAUUUGGUCCCUAAAAAAUCUAUGCAGAAAAAUGAUGGUGAGGCAUUAUCUGAUAUCUGUAGUUCUAUCCUCGUCCAAGCCACUUCUCAGUUUGUAAAGGUGAUGUUUGAGUCGGCAUUUGACAUCUUCCUACUCAUCAGCUAUCUGCUUAACAUCGCUGGGCAGGUUAAUAUGUCACAGCAAGACAUAUGCAAGCUACGGCUUGAGUUGCUUCCAAUGAUCCAAGAUAUUGUCUCAGAGUGGCUCAUCAUCCUUUUCUUUGUUACCACUCCAGCUGAGUCAACUUCUAUGGAAGAUUUCAGCUUGAAACUUUCAUCUCUACAGAUUGAUAGCAGCAUUGACAAAAGAUCAUGGAACGCAAUGCUAGGGAAAUGUGGUUUCUCACUGGCGUUUAUUCUUCUCUUUAGUGACCGAAGUUGCAUUGUGGAUGGCCGCUUUAACUUGAGAUAUCUUCCGAGUUCACAAAUCAUUACAAGUUUGGUGCAAAACUUUAUCAGCUGGAUUCGGUAUAGUAAAACAGGAGAUGACUCUUCUUCACUGCUAAGACGCUCCACGGAACUUAGUCUUAGGUUGAUUCGGAAUGGACAAUCUGAUGCUGUUGAGCGAAUCCUUGUGGUUGUGGAGGCAAGUUUACGUGGGGAGAAAACAUUUGGAUGUUCUCAAGAUACUAGUGGAGAUUGGUGUCUUCUUCAACAUCUCCGUGGUUGUUGCCUUCUUGAUCAAGUACAACGUGGUGCAAGUGGCAUAUUAAGAGAGAGAAAGAUUAUUGAUGCCAUCCGCUGCUUCUUCAGAGCUUCAUCAGGUGAAGGAUCUUGGAAGGCUUUGCACAGCUUGUCUAAAGAAGCAGGAUUUUCACCUGCCACAACGGGUCCAAGUAUUUUAGAUGGUUCUACGUCUUCUGCAGCAUGGAAACUUCAUUACUAUGAGUGGGCUAUGCAAAUUUUUGAACGGUACAAUAUAAGUGAAGGAGCUUGUCAGUUUGCCUAUGCAGCCCUUGAGCAAGUAGAUGAUGCCUAUAAUUUCAUAGAGAUGACUGAGGAAUUCGAUCCAACUAAAGCAGCCACCUACACUAGAGGACGACUGUGGGCAAAUGUUUUCAAGUUCACCUUAGAUCUCAAUCUCUUGAAUGAUGCCUACUGUGCUAUAAUUUCAAACCCUGAUGAGGAGAUUAAGCGCAUCUGUUUGAGGCGCUUCAUAAUAGUUCUAUUUGAAUGUGGCAAAACGAAGAUCCUCAGUGAUGGACAUCUACCUUUCAUCGGCUUAACAGAGAAGAUCACCCAAGAGCUUUUUUGGAAGGCCGGACGUUCUGAUAUAAUGAUGAAGCCAAAUCCAUACAAGCUGCUUUAUGCUUAUGAGAUGAGACGACACAAUUGGCGAAUGGCGGCAAGUUACAUGUAUCAGUUUUCUGCCCGUUUGAGAAGCGAGGGAGCAUGCAAGGAUUACAAACACAUGUCCCUAGUUUUGCAAGAGAGGCUUAAUGGACUUUCUGCUGCUAUGAAUGCAUUAGCCCUUGUUCAUCCUGGGUAUGCUUGGAUUGAUCCAGUACCAGAAGAAACCACACGUUAUCCGGUUAAAAAGGCUAGAAGAGCAGAAGAAGAACAAUUAAGGAGUAAUGACCAGCCCAAAGGGGAGAAGAGUUGCAUUGAUAUCGAGAAACUCCAAAACGAGUUUGUUUUUACUACUGCUGAAUAUAUGCUUUCUCUGAAAAAUUUCGGGUGGACAUAUUCAGGACUCGAAAAGCCACCAUCAGAUUUGGUUGACCUUCUUGUCCAGGCAAACUUGUAUGACAUGGCAUUCACUGUUGUUUUGAAAUUUUGGAGGGGCUCCGCUUUGAAAAGGGAGCUGGAAAAGAUAUUUGAGAAUAUGGCAAUUAAAUGUUGCCCUGCUAAAGGAACUCUGUGGUCAUCGCCUAAUCUUAUGUUAACAUCUAACGAUGAAGAAGUUACUCAUUCGCCUGAUAGAAGCCCUGCUGAUCAGGGCUCUAAGUUGGCUGGUGAUUGGGAAAUUCUUGAGGUUUAUCUGAAGAGGUACAUAGACAUACACGCUAGACUACCGGUUUCUGUUGCUUCAACCCUUCUUCAAGCAGAUUCUUGUAUCGAAUUGCCUCUCUGGCUGAUUCAAAUGUUCAAGGAUGGUCAGAAGGAAAAAGCUUUGGGAAUGGCUGGGCAAGAAGCAAGUCCUGCUUCCUUGUUUCAGUUAUAUGUUGAUUAUGGGCGUCUUACAGAGGCAACUAAUUUGCUACUUGAGUACAUGGAAUCAUUUGCUUCAUCGAAACCAGCAGAGGUAUUGAAGAGGAAAAAGGUAUCCGGAGUUUGGUUUCCGUACACAACAGUAGAAAGACUAUGGUGGGAGCUAGAGAAAACAAUGAACUCAGGACGAAUGGUGGAGCAAUGCCAUAAGCUGAAGGAACAACUUCAUCAUGCAUUACUCAAUCACUUAAAACUGCUUAAGGUGGACUCAAAUGAUGCUGUAUCCUCUGCAACCGGUUAAAGAAAGUCUUGAUUGUUCCGUGUGAAUAUUAUUAUAUCUGUAUCAAAAUCGUAUCAGGCUUUUGUUUCUCGUUAGUCUUUGUGUCAUCAAAACAAAUCUUGUAUCGUUGAUAAACUCGAAAGAAAAAUGUAAUCUAAAUUCUCUUAACCAAAUUCAACCGGUUUAUGAUUUGAAUUUUCAAGAUUGGAUUAGACCAAACCAAAAGCAA